UCUUGGGGAUGCAAGGAUGUAGAGGAGCAAAGAGGGAGAAAAGGCCGCGCGAAGAACAGUGGGGUGAGACCCACAGAGGCGCUGGUCAAGGAAAGGUGCAUGGACAGGCGGGCGGCGCCACCAGCUGGGUGCUGGCCAUUCAGGCCCGAAAGCGGAGGCCGAAAAGAGAGAAACAUCCGAAAAAGCCGGAGCCUCAACAGAAAGCUCCCUUAGUUACUCCACCACCACCUCCGCCACCACCGCCACCUCUGCCAGACCCCACACCUCCAGAGCCAGAGGAGGAGAUCCUGGGCUCGGAUGAUGAGGAGCAGGAGGACCCUGCGGACUACUGCAAAGGUGGCUAUCAUCCAGUGAAAAUUGGAGACCUCUUCAAUGGCCGAUAUCAUGUUAUUAGGAAGCUAGGAUGGGGACACUUCUCUACUGUCUGGCUGUGCUGGGAUAUGCAGGGAAAAAGAUUUGUUGCUAUGAAGGUUGUAAAGAGUGCCCAGCAUUAUACAGAGACAGCCUUGGAUGAAAUAAAAUUGCUCAAAUGUGUUCGAGAAAGUGAUCCCAGUGACCCAAAUAAAGACAUGGUAGUACAACUAAUUGAUGACUUCAAGAUUUCAGGCAUGAAUGGAAUACAUGUCUGCAUGGUCUUUGAAGUGCUUGGCCACCAUCUCCUCAAGUGGAUCAUCAAGUCCAACUAUCAAGGCCUUCCAGUACGUUGUGUGAAGAGCAUCAUUCGACAGGUACUUCAGGGGUUAGAUUAUCUACACAGUAAGUGCAAGAUCAUUCAUACUGACAUAAAGCCAGAAAACAUCUUGAUGUGUGUGGAUGAUGCAUAUGUGAGAAGAAUGGCAGCCGAGGCCACUGAGUGGCAGAAAGCCGGAGCUCCCCCUCCUUCUGGGUCUGCAGUGAGUACCGCUCCACAGCAGAAACCUAUAGGAAAAAUUUCUAAAAACAAAAAGAAAAAGCUGAAAAAGAAACAGAAAAGGCAGGCCGAGUUACUGGAAAAGCGCCUGCAGGAAAUAGAAGAACUGGAGCGCGAAGCUGAAAGGAAAAUAAUAGAAGAAAAUGUCACAUCAGCUGUACCUACCAAUGAGCAAGAUGAUGAAUACGGCCCAGAGGUGAAACUAAAAACCACAGGAUUAGAGGAGGCUGCUGAGGGAGAGACUGCACGGGACAGCGGUGAAGCUGAGGAUCAGGAAGAGAAAGAAGAUGCUGAGAAAGAAAACAUUGAGAAAGAUGAAGACGAUGUUGAACAGGAACUUGAGAACAUAGAUCCUACAUGGAUUGAAUCCCCCAAAACCAAUGGCCAUAUUGAGAAUGGUCCAUUCCUACUGGAACAGCAGCUGGAUGACGAAGAUGAUGAUGAAGAAGAUUGCCCAAACGCCGAGGAAUACAACCUUGAUGAGCCAAAUGCAGAAAGCGAUUACACGUAUAGCAGCUCCUAUGAACAAUUCAAUGGGGAAUUGCCAAAUGGACGACAUAAAAUACCAGAGUCACAGUUUCCAGAGUUUUCCACAUCAGUGUUCUCUGGGCCGUUAGAACCUGUGGCUUGUGGCUCUGCACCUUCCGAAGGAUCCCCACUUACUGAGCAUGAGGAGAGCAGUCCGUCCCAUGACCGAAGCAGGACGGUUUCAGCCUCCAGUACUGGGGAUUUGCCGAAGACCAAAACCCGGGCCGCCGACCUGCUGGUGAAUCCCCUGGACCCACGGAAUGCCGAUAAAAUUAGAGUGAAAAUUGCUGACCUGGGAAAUGCUUGUUGGGUGCAUAAACACUUCACUGAAGAUAUCCAGACCCGGCAGUAUAGAUCCAUAGAGGUUUUAAUAGGAGCAGGUUACAGUACACCUGCUGACAUUUGGAGCACAGCGUGUAUGGCGUUUGAGCUGGCAACGGGAGAUUAUUUGUUUGAGCCGCAUUCUGGAGAGGACUAUUCCAGAGACGAAGACCACAUAGCCCACAUCAUAGAGCUGCUAGGCAGUAUCCCGAGGCACUUUGCUCUGUCUGGAAAAUACUCUCGGGAAUUCUUCAAUCGCAGAGAUCACAUAGCAUUGAUCAUUGAACUGCUGGGGAAAGUUCCUCGAAAAUACGCUAUGUUGGGGAAAUAUUCCAAGGAGUUUUUCACCAGAAAAGCUCCCAAGAAACCAGCCUGAGGGAACCAUCUGAUGUCCGUGGAUGGAGAAUUCUAUAAGAGACGGCCUCUCCACACCUCUUCUCUCCUGUUCUCAGUGCCGGUCUGUGUGUUAUUUAUGAAAAGGAGUUGAGUGAUUUCUAGAAACCAGCCAAACAUAUCUUUACCUUUUCCAUGUCGCUCAUGGAGCCAGAUCGUGUCUGCACUGGAGCAGAAGCGGCCCAGAGACCGGACUUAGUGAAUGUCUGCCGACGUCCUCUUUGACCGAGAGGGUGUAAGCCUGUGGGAUCCUGCGUAUGCCUCACAGUCUUGCAGAUCAAAUCCUGCUCUCCCAUUGCAGUACCUUACUCUGUAUUAUAAUUGAUUUUAUUUCAAUAUUGUAGUUCUUAUUGAUCUUCCUUUGGCAUGGCCCUGAACAACUUUUCUUUGCCCUGUGUAAGUCCCCUUGUUAGUGAUCAGUUUUACAAACUACCCUAAAACCUCAGGGUAUUUAUUUUUAAAGAACCUCUCCCCAGUGCCAUAUUCUUUUGUGUGAGCAUAGUUGGUCCUCUUAAUUCAUGCUUUUCCAGUGUAAGAUUUGGUUUUUUUGGUUAACACACUGUUAAAGAACUUUUAAAGUUGGUGUGAGCAGAACAUGGACUUUAAACACCAGCGUCCGGGGAGCGAGCCCUGCGAAGAUGGUGGUUUCCUGCCCCACUUGCCCGAGCACACUGACCACGACACCCCGCUCUUUGGGACCACCCAGUGGACAGCCUGUGACAUAUGUAACUAGGCGCAGUUAUUUUCUUACUACUUUUCUAAGGCUUAUCACAAGAAGAAAGUUGUUAGAGAAAACUUUUUUAGAUAGCUGUAUUAACUUCAGUUUUCAGAAUCUGCUCUUCAAGUCUGGGUCACAGGAGCAAAAUAGAAAGUUCCACACCCCACAUGCAGACUCAUACACAGGCCCAAGUUAUCUUUAGGGGCCUCUCUGAGCAGCCCGAGGUCACCUGUACCUUGGGUGGCAGCUGCCCUGAAGUGUCAUGCUUGUUAGGCUUUGCCGCACUCCUCCAGGGACAGCGCUUGCUGAACUCCAGCUCAGAAGCUGCUGUGGGCUGGCCACCCUCUCCUCACCUCAUUCGGCAAGGGAUAUCUUCAGAGGACAGGUUGGUGACUGAUGUGUAGUGAAUUGAUACCAGACAGGUGGUUCGUUUCAGCUCAGAGCUCCCUGUCCUGUGGCCCUUUGUGCUGGAAGGGGGCUGUCAGGUUGGCUUUUCCAUCAGCACCCUUGCACCUGGGGCAACUUGUGGUCUGUGCCCUUCCCUGCCUGCACACAGAUGAAGUUUCAAGUUCUUAUUCACAGCCUACUAUUCCACCACACAUCAUUAUCGUACAUGUGCUUGAGGACUUGCCUAUGUGCUUGUUUAAAGGUGACCUGUGGAGUUGAAAUGCAUUUAGCAUUCUUGGUGUAGACAGACAAAAACAUUUGAUUCGGUGUUACUGUCAUACCUGCAGUCGUUUUUUUCCCUUCCUUUGGAUAUAAAGAGAAUUGAUUUGGCAAGAAAUCCCCUAAAAUGACUGGGAUUUGAGACUUAAGUUCUUUCCAAAUUACUGUUUAUUUAUAGUAACAAUGGAUAUCAGAAGGGAGUUGGGGCUUUUACAGAAGUUACAGGAAAAAUAAUUAAGAUGAAUGAGGGCCAUCAUGAAAAUAGAUUUCAGGCUGAGGGGCAUGAUGUGUCUCAUGACAGAGGUGUCUGGGCAUGCCUCCCUGAGUGACGUGUGUUAGAGGGAAGAGGUGUGUCCAGAAGGGAUCCAGCCAUUUGUAUCAGCCUCUGUGGAAAUCAGAGACAUUUAUUGAAGAAGAUACAAGAUACAGGAAACAUUGUAUGUAGGACAGUGAUGCAUCGGUCCCCUCCAAAAUUAGCACCUUGGGACCUCACACAGUCCUACUCACCGUCAGCUGCCCUGUCAUAUUUUCCUGAAUUUCAUCAAUGGUGUGAAAUCUCUUCCCUUUCAAAGGUGAUUUUAGUUUUGGGGAAAGCCAGAAUUCAUGGGUUGCCAAAUCUGGACUGUAGGGGCCCGUCACCUGGGUGAUUUGUUGUUUCGUCAAAAAACUGCAUGAGAUGUGACGCAUGAGUGGGCAUGAUGCCAUGAGGAAGCUGCCAGUCACCAGUUGCCCGUAGCUGCGGCCUUCGGAAUCAUCUGAAUAGUUUUGGUGGAGGAAUGUUCAAGCUUAAUGCCAAAUUUGAUGCAGAUUUGUUGCUCUACCUGCUCAGUCAUUUUGAAUGUGACGACCACACAGUACACAUGCUCACUCAACAGCAUCUACUGCUCCCACUGACUAGCACAGUGAUGUCAUUAUUGUUCACUCAUGAGCAUUCCAGUCCACUCUCCUUGGCUGCCAAGUUACAUUGAUGUCACACAACUGUUCUUGUUAUAUGAACAGUGGCUGGACUUCAUCCAGACAUACUGUGUACGUUUUGGGAAGAAUGGGAUAAAUGAGUAAAUUUACAUUUACAUUUUUUUCUUAAAAUACCUUUGUGCCAGAACUGAUAACAAGAAAAGCAAAAUUGAAAACCAUAAAUUUGCACACAUCACACUGGAAAGCAGCCAGCAUCGUGGUGGAGUAAACAGCAGAUUUUCCUGCUCUCUGGGAAGCAGAUUUCUCCCCACAGUGAAUUGAGGAAGCAAGAGUCGAGUCUGCAUGUGAAAACUAAAAAUCAGGUGCAGCUGAGUGACAUCUUCUCACGUAUAACUCGGGCUCUGUCCUGGUAGGUGCUGGGCGUGCAGACGGGCUGCUGCAAGGGGUCAGCUUAGGACUGAUCUCAGAUUGAGUUCGACUCUUGAAAUAAGUAGACCUGUUUCCCCAUAUUAGUGGGUCUUGAAAUUUUUAAACUAUUAAUGUUUUAACUGCAACUUAUUCUUAAACAUUGCUUCUGGGUCAUAAAAAGUCUGGUUUUUCUUCUCAGUGCUAAGCUCUUCCUAGAAGCAGAGCUUUGUGAGAGCAGGGCUCCAUCUGUGUGGGUUCCUGCUGGGUCCCCAGAGCCCAGCUUAGGGAGAAAAGCCCUUGAAGUCAAUAUUUAGUUAUCUAGUUUAAAAACAUUAACCUGUAUCCAACCAUCGUUUUGGACAGAAGCCUGUGUAAGCUAGGAGCCGGCGACAGUAUGUGUCACUCUGCCUGCAGUGGCCCCAGGGAUACCCCCGACCCUCAACCCCCGCCUGCCUCCUGACAUCAUUGCCUGGAGCACCUGCUUUCACCUGCACUAGCCCCACCCCCUUUGGGGCUGCAUGAGAAGGCCCCACCCCCAGCCAGAGUGGCAGCAGAGGGCGGAGGGUGUGAGCAUGAUUGCACCCUGGAGGCAGACUGUAGUGGCCUGGAAUUCCCAGUAAAGGGAUGUGAAAAAUAACAAACCACAAGCCACAACUGAUCGUAGGGUUGAUUUACUGUUUUACUCAUUUAUUUUUUAAUUUGAGCAUAUAAUGUAAAAAAUUAUUGCUACAAGUUCAAGUAAAUUCUAUUGUACUUCAUCCCAUUUAUUCCUAUCAUUUAUUAUAACCUACUAAUUAGUGAAAUGCUUCUUUUUAUUGUAUACAUUAACGCAUUGGAAUUCUUUUAAAGUUAUUUUGUUGUAUUUGUUGUACCAGCUUUUUAUAACAGCUUUAUUGAAAUAUAAUCUGCAUAUCAUACAGUUCACCCUUUUGAAGUGGUUUUUCCUAUAUUCAUAGACUUAAGGAGUCAUCGCCACUAUCUAAUUUGAGGAUAUUUUCAUUAUGUCAGAAAGAAACCCUGUGCCCAUUAGCACUUUCUCAGUGUUCUUCUCACCCAUAGGCUGGGCAGCCAUGCAUCUGCCUUUCUUGAUGAAUUUGUGUGUUCUGGACGGUCCAUGUGAAUGGAAUUGUGUGGGACGUGGACCCUACGUUGGCCUUUUUCGGUUACUGUGUUUUUACAGCCCCCAGCACGGUGCGCGUCCGUGCGCCAUCCCUUCGUGCGUGAACCGGCCGCCUCCGGUGUCUAGCUAAUGGGCAUUUGGGUUGUUUCCACUUUUUGGCUGUUAUUAAUAAUGUUUCUUUGAACAUUCAGGUACAAGUUUUUGUGUGGACAUGUGAAUGCAUAUGUGUACCAGCUGAAGUGCAAAAGUUUUCAUUUUGACAAAGUCCAAUUUUUUCUCCAUUUUUGGUGACUGUGCUUUUAAUGUCAUACCUAAGAACCACUACUACCUACUUCAGGGUCACGGAGAUUAAUUCUGUUUUCUUCUAAGGCUUUUUUGUUUUUUAGGUUUUACAUCUAGGUCUGUGAUCCAUUUUGAGUUAAAUUUUGUGUGGGGGGGAGAUAAUAAUUUAAACAGAGUCUGAACUCAAGUAGUUACCUACAUGUACUUUGUAGGAAUGUAUUUAAGUUUUGUGUUUUGUGUCUUUGUACCAGUAAAUUAAUUGAUAGGUUUCCUUUCUAUGUGUGUGCUAUUGAAAUUUAAUAAAUUUCAUAUGAUGUUAUUUUCUCUAGUUACCAGAAUUUGCUGAAACACAGUACCAGGAUUUGCCUUCAUAGUCCCCCAUGUGUGGUGUGAAACCUCAUAUGCUUGUAGGUUUAAUUGUGGAAUAUUAUCAUUUCAUGGGCAAAAUAAUAUAUUUCCCUUUACAAAUCUCUUAAAAUAAUAUCUAAGGGAUGUAUAGUGGAAGUGCUUAACUUUUUCCUCAAAAAGUAACCUAAUAAUCUAGGAUGGCAAAUACAAUCUUGGUCUCGAGGCCUUUGCUCCUGAGGAGGAGCCCUCCCCCAUGGCCAGGGCCUCAUUUCGGAGGACUGUCCAGGUGAUCCUGCCCCAGAGCUUAGCCCAGGGGCUGCUGAAGGCUGCACCCCAUGUGGUGAGCAGCUUUGUUGGUCUCUGGUUCUCACACAUUUGCGUGAGAGCUGAUGGUGAGGGAGGAAGAAAGCGCAGACUGCCACAGUUAAGUGCCACGAAGUGUGUGGUUACUUGCAGAAUUUGUUUUAGCGGAACAGAUCUUGGUAUAUGUUCCUAAGAGAAAAAAUUGUCACGGCAAAAAUUUUUUGCCUUGUGAGGGGGCCGCUUAUCUUCUUACUUUAUUUUUAUAGUAAGUAGUGGUGGUCGUACAGGUCGCUGUUGCCAUUGUGUCUUCCGCGGGACAGGGGCUGGUGAGGGGACUCGAGGCCCUGGCUCAUCAGAUGAGCCUGGACUUGGCAUUUCUGCAAGUGGUAGACGUACACGUUUGGGAGCUUAGGUUUUGUUUUUGAGUAACCUUCAACUAGUUGUAAGACCACAUUUCUUAUCAUUGAAUUACAUGUAAGAAUGUGCACAUAUAAUCAUAGGGCCUAGGUGAAUUUAUUUUGUUUUGUUUUGUUUUUUGGUAUUAUGUAUUUUUUCCAACUGCCCACAUAAUCCACAUAUUCUCUUCAGAGGUGAUUCCGUAUUGCAAUGUUAUUAUGUAUUCCAUACCUACUGGUGUUUAGGAUUAUUUUGCAUAUUGUCCUGUUCUAGACAGCAUGUUUACAUAGUUUUUUAUGUGUGAUUUACCUGGUCAAAGUGUGUUAGAUAUUUUAGUGUAUUAUUUUUAGGUUGUUUGCAGGGAGUAUUUUUGUCAGUUCAUAGUGAUGCUAGUUAGGUCUGAAUGGUUUUUCACAGCCUCUCAGAAGUGAAUUGUUUAGAUCACUCUUAGGUAGAUUUUAAGUCAUCUUUGGGGUAAACCACUUCUCUCUUCACUGAGGGUUGUACAUGCUUUCAUGCCUCGUAAUGGGUUUUAGUUAGCAAAAACUGACACCUUCAGGACUACAUUUCUCUGUUGUUCUGAGCAGACAGUGCUUCUCAGUAGUUGCAUUCAUUCCCAAACCUGAAAAGUACUGGCCUUUUUCCAAGACAGAAUAGAUGAGUAUAAAUAAAGCUCUCUUUUCUUCCUAGAGAGCUUGUUUUAGCAUGUUAUGUGUGAGCUUUUUCAGUUUGCUUUACUCUUGCUUGUGUGAGAUGAACAGUCACUAUAAAAUCAGCAGAGCCCUGGCUGGUGUGGCUCAGUGAGGUAAGUGCCAGUCACUGAUUUGAUUCCCAGUCGGGGCACGUGCCUGGGUUGCGGGCCAGGUGCCCAGUUGGGGGCGUAUGAGAGGCAACAGAUCCAUGUAUCUCUCACACAUAGAUGUUUCUCUCUUUCUCCCUCCCUUUCCCUCUCUCUUAAGGUAAAUAAAUAAAAUCUUUUAAAAAAACAAAAUCAAUAGAGCUGCAUUAUAGAAAAUGCAGAAAGAGAGAAACAACCUUAUAACAAAGCUGGUGUUUGGGGCACCUGCUUUAUAUCUUUGGUGAGCACUUUGAAGAUCACUCUUGUGAUCAUUUGUAGAACAUAGUUUUGACUUCUUUUUUUUUCUUUUUAAGAUUUUAUUUAUUUAUCUUUAGAGGGGAAGGGAAGGAGAGAGGGAGAGAAACAUCAGUGUAUGGUUGCCUAUCAUGCGUCCCCUGCUGGGAACUGGCCUGCAGGGAACCGGCCUGCAACCCCAGUAUGUGCCCUGACUGGGAAUCGAACCGCGAUUGUCUGGUUCGCAGGCCCACACUCAAUCCACUGAGCUACACCAGCCAGGGCUAGUUUUGACUUCUUUUACUACCAAAUAUUUUACCCCCAAAUUUUCUCCCAUGUUAUUUAGUGGUAUUAAAUAAUAUUCACCAAAUGUGCGUACCAUGGUUACUUGUGUGUUUUUUUAAAUCACCAUUCUUCUGUUACUGAGCAUUUAAAAUUUUGAAAGUAUGGAUAAUUUUGCAUUGAGCAUAUUUUAGGGGUGGGGGGUGGGUGCCAGCUUUAUUUCCUUAGGCUGGAUUCCUAGAAGUGGAAUUUCUGGGGGAGAGGAGAUAGACAUUCAGGGAUUGCGCAGAUUUUGUUCUCGUGGAAGGUGCGUCCACUGCCCCGUAAACCCAGCCGUGACCACGGUCUGGAAGCUGAGCUUAACUCCAUCCCCAGGCCUCACAUUGGAGCCAGAAGCUUAUUUUAUAACUAGCUUCAUUAACAAGAAACUUUCUGUAAAGAUGUUUUUAAUCCAAACUUUGUGCACAUUAUGAUUAUAAGUAGACGUGGCAGUUCAUUAAGCACAUACAUUAGAAGAGUUUAGGCCAAAAUAAAAAGUCCCGCUGGGGUGGGGUUACAGGUCAUUUCUCCUUUUGUGUUUGUAAUUUUCUGCAAUGUUCUUUUAUUUUCUUCAUGAUCGAAGAAAGAGGAAAAGUGUAUUUCCAAAUUGAGCUGAGUAAGUGGGUGAAACAAACCGAGCCUCCCGAGAAGACCUGUAAGCAGAGAACUGAAUCUUUGUUACUGUCUAUCAGGAGAAAAUUCACAGUGUGAAAGGGGUGAAAGAUUGUAGGUGAAAGGGGAGAGAGAAACUGGCCCCCCAUGGCUGUGCCCAUUAGGGGCUGGGCACGCUUCAGCUCCAUGAUGGUUGCAGGACUUGCUCUGGGCCUGAGAGGGUGUGCAGAAUGGGGUGCAGCUUUCUGUGGGAGCUGCUUUGGCAGACACUGAGGGGCACCCGAUGAAGCCUGUCUUUAGGCAGGGAUAGGGUAUCCUAUAAACACUUCCAACAGAGAAAAUGAGUUAUUCAUAAUGAAACGUCUCCUAUGGCAGUUGGGCUAAAAAAGUAACUUUUUCUCCUGUUAUGAAAAAGACUUUGAUAGUUUCAAACCAUUUCUUGCCUUGUUAGUCAUUCUGUCACAUUUAUACUGCAGCUCAGCACAUUCUGAAGAGAGUAACUUCAAGGUUUACACAUUGAUAGAUGCCCUGAUAGCUUCGAUUUUAGAACAGUGUGUAGAAAUGAGUCGCAUUUGACUCAGGUUGGCAUAUGGAUCUGUGCUGUCUGGUAUAAUAGCCACUAGCUACUUGUGGCUACUUACACUUAAAUUAAAAUGUUAGUUCUUUAAUCACAUCAACCACAUUUCAAGUACUCAGAAGCCACACAGAGUGAGAAGCUACCCUAUUGGACAGAACAGAUGAAAUUCUUCAUCUCUAGCAUCACAGGAAGUUCUCUCAAAUAGCCUAUUCUAGAGGAAAAGAUUUCUUUUUCUUUGCAUGGUAACAUGUGAAAUAGUGGUCCAGAGAGCUUAAGAAUAGUGUGUAUCUUAAUGCUUUUUCUAAGCAAAUUUGCAAGUUGCAAAGGAUACCAAGCUGGAUUUGGGAGUGCCUCAGUCUUUGUGAAUGAAAACAUCUUGGGCUCUGCUUAUUUAAAGAAACCUAGAAUUUUUGUGAAUGAACUAGUCCUUUUAAAUCAAUGCCUAUUUAACUACAUUUGACAAGCUUACUUGAAAUAUGAGACACUUGUGGAUACAUUUAAUGGUUAUUCUUGAGUAGAAAAGCUAGCCGCCUUUGUUGCUGCACAGUGUUUAGCAGGUAGGUAUCUGCUUCGUUGAAAAGAGUCUCCGUGGACCAAUAAUGGGAAAUGCAGAUUUGGAGCUCUCAUGACAGUGCCUAUUUCU